CACUGUGUCUGCAGAUAUCUGAGGUCUAAAUUGUUAAAUGUUCUUGCACACACAUAUCACGUACAGUAUAUUGUGAAUAAUUUAGAAUAUGUCUGUAAAAUGCAUGUGGUUGGAAGAUAAAUGUAUCGAUGUGGGUGGAACUACAUUAUGUGAAUAUACUUCCUCAAACUGAACAAAAUUAAAAGGAGGAAGUACUGUGAGUGAAAAGAUGUUUGAAAAAAAAAGCAUGACAUAAAAGGGCCACAGCCACCAGAGAUGAGUACUAGAGGGGAGACACGAUGAAAGGGUUGCUUGGGUCCUUUUUCAUUCUUGUGUGUAUUACCCAAGAUGUAGUUACUGAGUCCGUGGUCUAUCAGCCUGACCAAGUGAUCUUUUCUAGGCUGGGUGAGACUGUGACGGUGAAAUGUAUGACACUGAAAGACAAAGACAGGUAUUUACUUUGGUAUCAGCAGAGAUUAGGACAGAUGCUGCAGAUUAUGUGCAUGUCACACACACAUACUGAUGCCCACUAUGUUGGUGAGUUUAAUGACUCACACAUCUCAUGUCAGAGAACAGAAGGAAGAUUUGACCUGAAAAUCAGAAACAGCAAUCGGUCAGAUGAAGCCUCAUAUUACUGUGCCGGCAGAAACAGAUAUGAGCACUUGGACUUCGGAAAUGGAACUUUUGUAAGAGUAGAAGAUGAAACAGAGCCGACCUCCAGAGCGGUGAUGGUGAUCCAAUCCCAGACACAAGACGCGGGGGACUCAGAACCUCUUCAGUGUCCAGGAGUAAGUGAGACCAGAACAGAUGAGCUCAGUUUGUUCUGGUUUGGACCUGCUUCAAGAGAUUCCCAUCCAGGACUUAUUUAUGCCUACAGAAACAGCAGCAAUACUUGUGAGACUAGCUCCAUGCUGAAGUGUAUGCAUGAGCUACCUACAAGCAAUGACGGCAAUGCUUCAACCUUCUACUGUGCUGUGAAGACAUGUGGACAGAUGUUGUUGGGGAAUGGCACAAAAGUUGAAACUGAGAGCUCAGUGGACUACAUGAUUCCUGUGUUGGGAGGGACAUUAUGCCUCUGUGUCGUGUUGGACAUUUAUCUCAUUUAUUUGUAUUACAAAAAGAAAACAUGUCUGAACUGCCAAGGACGACCGUCUAAACCUCUCCGGACAAACACACACAUGGGCAGAGAGGCCCCUCAGCAGAGUGUGUAGUCUGAUGUCUACACACACUUGUAGAAUAUCCACCAUUUCAAUUUAAAUAUAUUUAAUCAAACAUACUGAAACAGCUUUAUUGUAAAUUAUAUAUUCAUUUAAAAAGUAAAUUAAAAAGUCACGAUGGCUCCAAGUGGCAUCAACCAAAACAACUGUUACCAUUCAAUAUCUGUACUUAAAAUCCAAUUC